UCUUCAGCAAGCACUGCAACUCCAGCGACAUCAUGGACCUCUUCUGCAUUGCCACCGGCCUGCCUCGGAACACCACCAUCUCCCUGCUGACCACGGACGACGCCAUGGUCUCCAUUGACCCCACCAUGCCCGCAAACUCCGAACGGACCCCCUACAAAGUGAGACCUGUGGCCACCAAGCAACUCUCCGAGAAAGAAGAGUUAAUCCAGACCGUGCUGACCCAGGUCGCCGAGCAGUUCUCAAGGGCAUUUAAAAUCAACGAGCUGAAAGCCGAAGUCGCCAGCCACCUGGCCAUGCUGGAGAAGCGCGUGGAACUGGAGGGACUGAAGGUGGUGGAGAUUGAGAAAUGCAAGAGCGACAUUAAGAAGAUGAGAGAGGAGCUGGCGGCCAGGAGCAGCAGGACGAGCUGUCCCUGCAAGUACAGUUUUCUGGACAACAAGAAGUUAACGCCUCGCCGGGAUGUCCCCACUUAUCCCAAGUACCUGCUCUCCCGGGAGACCAUGGAGGCCCUGCGCACGCCCGCCUUCGACGUCUGGCUGUGGGAGCCCAACGAGAUGCUGAGCUGCUUAGAGCACAUGUACCACGACCUCGGCCUGGUCAGGGACUUCAGCAUCAACCCCAUCACGCUCAAGAGGUGGCUGCUCUGCGUGCACGACAACUACAGGAACAACCCUUUCCACAACUUCCGGCACUGCUUCUGCGUGACGCAGAUGAUGUACAGCAUGAUCUGGCUCUGCGGGCUCCAGGAGAAGUUCUCCCAGAUGGACAUCCUGGUCCUGAUGACUGCGGCCAUCUGCCAUGACCUGGACCACCCAGGAUACAACAACACGUACCAGAUCAACGCCCGCACCGAGCUGGCCGUGCGCUACAAUGACAUCUCACCGCUGGAGAACCACCACUGCGCGGUGGCCUUCCAGAUCCUCGCCCGGCCCGAGUGUGACAUCUUCGCCAACGUGCAGCCGGACGGGUUCAAGCAGAUCAGACAGGGGAUGAUCACGUUGAUCCUGGCCACCGACAUGGCCAGGCACGCAGAAAUCAUGGAUUCUUUCAAAGAAAAAAUGGAGGAUUUUGACUACAGCUGUGAGGAGCACACGACCCUCCUGAAGAUGAUUUUGAUAAAAUGCUGCGACAUCUCCAACGAGGUGCGUCCGAUGGAAGUCGCAGAGCCUUGGGUGGACUGCUUACUAGAAGAGUAUUUCAUGCAGAGCGACCGCGAGAAGUCGGAAGGCCUUCCCGUGGCCCCGUUCAUGGACAGGGACAAAGUGACCAAAGCCACGGCCCAGAUUGGAUUCAUCAAGUUCGUCCUCAUCCCGAUGUUCGAAACAGUGACCAAGCUCUUCCCCGUGGUGAAGGAGAUCAUGCUGCAGCCCCUUUGGGAAUCCAGGGACCGUUACGAGGCGCUGAAGCAGAUGGACGACGCCAGGCAGGAGAAGACGACGGAGGGCCUGACGUGUGGGGACUCCGACACGUCGAGGGAGAAGAGCAGAGACGUGACAAAGAGUGAAGUUCAAUGAGCAGAGGCUCGUGCGCGGGGAGCGCUCGGCCAGCGCUGGGUCUCCAUUGCGAAGUCGGAUCACGCGUUUGAGUGGCUCAGAAGAAGGAUCGCGAUCGUUUCAUUUUGCCUAAGCGUGUUCGACGGUGUGUCAGACGGCCCCGCUUCCCAAACACAGUCCGCGUCUAAUCCCGUGACGUUGGCGGUUUCGCCUACACGUUCCAACCCCAACGAAAACAAACCGGGGGGCGUUUCUCGUUCCGAGCAGACCACGCCUGAAGGAGGCCGGAGCGCCCGCGGGUGUCCCCACCAGGCUGUCCUACGAGGCGGCGGGAAGAGCUGAUCCCGAGCCCCAGGCACCACGUGAACCGUUUUGUUCACCGACACACAAAAAAAGAAACACAAGGAAUUCUCGAUGCUGUACAGAAUUUUUAUUUUUAAACUGCCUUUGAAAUAAUAUAUUCUUAUACAGAAAUGGGUACUGCACUUUUUCUUGGGUGGAGUUGUGCCGCGCCCCGUCCUCUCUCCCGGGGGGCCCGGGACGCUGUGCUUGCCCGCGGAUGUAUCUCGGAGCGUUUGUCCAGUGUGACGUGACGUGCGCAUCGUGUAAACUCAGCAUUAAAUGUCAGGCUGCUGCCCGGAGCCCAAGGACGCGCGUGUCCUGUGUUUGUGAGCUGUGAGAGGGACGUUGGCGUCUGUGCGGGCAGGUGGGGACCUGAGGCGGCUCGGUCACCCUGUAGGUCACACACGCAGUCCACGCGGGACACAAACACCCUGCAGGCUGGUGCCCGUUUGCUGGGAGGUGGGAGCUAAACAUUUAAUUCUCAGAUAAGAGAAGGAGCAGGUGACUCGGCGCGUUUGAGGGUGUCUGUCUCAGGAGAC